CAGACCAUGCCAUACCUUCCGGCAUCGUAUCGCAUCAAUGGCAAACAUGGGCCUGUUCUUGUCGCAGCCAGCACGGCCCACAUCAAGGGCGACCUAAGCGUCGAGAAGCUCAACAAAAUCCAUGGUUGGCUUCAGCUCGCUGGGUUGCCAAUACCCCCUCGACCACUCAACUACCAGCGAGCCAGGUCCCGCGAGAUUACCGCUUGCGAGGAUACCAACCUUCACCUUGUUUGGGCGCCAGGACGCAUGUUUUUGAAGCCACUGCCGCAGUAUCUUCUUGUUGAACAAUUUUGGCAAGAUCAUCUCGUUGAGGAUCGGCAACUCUAUGAGCUUGCUUUUGGCUUGCUUCUGUCCUAUGUCGCUCUAAUUCAAUAUCCAAGCGAUUUCGCCAUCGCCCAGGAUACGGGCCUGAUAGAUGACGACCUGGAGUGGGACGAAUGGGUGGAUAUCGCGGCAAAGGUUCUAGCCCAAACGAAUCCGGGGAUUAAUAAGCGUUACACAUAUGGCGAGCUCAGGCUGUCUCGGCUGAACAAGAUAUUCUGGGCGCACGGUCACUUGAAAGGCUAUCAUUUUCCUUACCAAACCUACGGGGAGAUGUUCAAGGCAAACAUAGCACCUGUUGCGGGAGCUACUGUUUACGUUGCACUGGUCUUGACCGCCAUGCAAGUCGGGCUGGCCACACACGCACUUGCCGACAGUGAUGUAUUCCACAACGCCUCUUACGGAUUUGCCGUGUUUUCGAUUCUCGCGCCUAUUGGCGUGGCGAUGCUUGUCCUACUCCUCAUAUUGGUAUAUUUCUUCUUCAAC